CCUCUGCCACCCUCCAGUUGCUGCCCACCGUGCAGUUGACGUUGAACUCCGAGGAGAUCGAACCCGGUGACGUCAUCGAUUCAUCCCUCCUCCACCAUGGGUCCGCGGAUUCACCGAGCGAUCCCCCCGUCUGAUCACCGUACGCGGUCCGAUUCUCGCCCAGUUGCGCCUCCCUCGGACAGGCCUGAUUUCGCCGGCACCACCGUAGCGAGACCUGCCACAGGACCCUUCCACCCGGCGCGAUCCUAUCACGGCCGUUCGGUCGAACCGACAGACGCGCGCCCGUUCGUGGACGCUACUCGGAAAGGGAAGGCGCGGGCCCCGAACAUCACUCCUCGCCAAUGCCGGCAGACCCAUCCCGGCAUCCGUCUCCUGAUCGGGGUGCCUCAGACGAGCUCGAUCCUAGUGGUGCCGUAGAUACUCUUGACGGCGACGUCCACGCUCGGCUGGCGUCCCUGUCUUCAUCCGCAGGAGACGUGUACCGACAGAACCUUUGCAAGCUGAACGAGGCCUUCCUGGAGC